AUGAACCAGGACGACGAGGUUACCAGUGCACACAGCCAUGGCGAAAUUGAGACUAAGGAUAUCAAGCAAUUGAAAGCUCGGCAUGAUGGCCGGGUCAAUGAAUAUGACGUCGAUGCGGAGGAGAAGCAAGUCAUUGGUGAAUCGGCGCCGUUGCCGGAUUUGCAACGGAAGCUGAAGAGUCGGCACCUGUCGAUGAUUGCGAUUGGCGGCACGAUCGGAACAGGCCUGUUUAUUGGUAGUGGAACAGCAAUCGCCUACGCAGGUCCAGUCGGCGCAUUACUUGCAUUUCUAUUUGUGGGAUCCAUUGUGUUCUCCGUCAUGUCAGCUCUUGGGGAGGUUGCCACCUUUCUACCUAUCCCGGGAGCAUUUGCUUCUUAUGCCACCCGACUGGUGGACCCAAGCUUGGGUUUUGCAAUGGGCUGGAUCUACUGGUUCUCGUGGGCAUCAACCUUCGCCUUGGAACUGACUGCGACCGGUCUGAUUAUCCAAUACUGGGAGCAAUCACUCCCGAUCGCUGGAUUCAUAGCCUUAUUCUGGGUCCUUAUAAUUGCUCUAAAUAUGUUGCCGGUGAGCUGCUACGGUGAAACCGAGUUCUGGUUAUCAAGUGUCAAGGUCCUGACCGUAGUCGGGUUCAUGAUCUUUGCAAUUUGCAUGAAUGCUGGUGUCGGCGACGAAGGCUAUAUCGGCUUCAGGUACUGGGAUGCGCUGGCGAAGUUCCUGGGUUUCUGGGCCGUUCUCAUCAAAGCUGCAUUCUCGUACCAGGGUACUGAGCUUGUCGGCAUCGCGGCGGGUGAGACUGAAAACCCGCGCAAGAGCGUACCGAGUGCAAUUCGGAAAACCUUCUUCCGAAUCAUAUUCUUCUUCGUAUUGACGAUCUUUUUCAUCGGCAUUGUUGUGCCCUCGGAUGACACGCACCUCACAGCUAGCGAAGGCACUGGCGCGAGCGCGAACAACGCAAAUGCGUCGCCCUUUGUUAUUGCUGCGAAUCGCGCGGGCGUCAAAGUGCUGCCAAGCAUUAUCAACACUGUAUUGUUGACCGUCGUCCUUUCCGCGGCCAACUCCAAUGUUUACAGCGGAAGUCGAAUCCUCGUCGGCUUGGCCCACGAGGGCUUCGCGCCGCGCUUUUUCGUGAAGACCACGAAAUGGGGGACACCCUAUUAUAGCGUGGGCUUCACUGCUCUAUUCGGUCUUCUUGGCUUCUUGAACAUCUCCAAUGCUGGAGCGACUGUCUUCAACUGGCUGCUUCAGAUCGCCGGUCUCGCUGGUUUAAUUACGUGGUGUGCAUUGAACAUCUGCCAUCUAGCCUUCAUGCGAGCAAUGGAGGCGCGAGGACUUCCUCGUAGUAUCCUGCCUUACAAGUCUCUCUGGCAACCAUGGCUAUCAUAUUAUGGCCUCUUUUUUAAUGUCCUAAUCAUCUUCACUCAGGGCUUCACUGCUUUUAUUCCGUCAUUCAGCGUGACCGACUUCUUCAUCAACUAUCUUAGUCUCAUUUUGUUUGCUGUUUUAUACGCUGGGCAUAAGAUCGCUUAUAGACAGCCAUUUGUCGAUCCUCUUGAGGCGGAUAUUGAUACAGGUCGAGUUGACCUCGAUGAUUAA